CCGCAGCGGUCUCCCUCUCCCAGGCGGCUCGGCCGGUGUUAGUCAGGGUGGGCCCGGCCUCGGAGCAUAGCCACCGAACCCUAUUAUAGCCAUUCAUUCACCUGGAGCACGAUGUCUCACCGAGAGAACCGGUAAAUUAGAUUGCGUCGAGGCGUAUCAAUAAUGAACUGGGUCAAUUUCAGCACAAGAAAACACCAGAUUUAUUAGAUGGAAAUGUCUUACUUAGCCCAUGAGGUUGAGCUGAGCAAGCGUCAUGAGGAAAUAUUAGGCUUGAGAACCACACUUCUUCAGCAAAUGGAAAACCAGCUUGAAAGUCAGGCAAAUAAGAAAAAACUGCAAACCAUUGAAUUAAAGUCAGCUAACGAAAGAAAUAGAUUGCUUUUAAAAGAUUUGGGAGUAGCUGAGGAAAACUUAAAAGUGAGGGCGGGUACACAUUUGCAUCCUUCUUUUAUCACUCUCCAGACCAAAUACUGGACAUUUGUUGAAGAACAUUUACCAAAAAGGGAACAGUUUUUACUGGGUCAAGCAGAGAGUCCUGUUGAAGUGACAAAUUCAAAGCACAAAAAAUCACAGAAGGAAAAACCUCAAGAUAACGUUACCAUAGAAAGUUGUAAUUUGCCACCAUUACCAUCUACUUUCAAGACACCACCUCUGUCUCCGCAUUCCAAAAAACAAAAAAGAACAAAGGUUUCUAGAAAAAAAGAUGGAUAAUCUGCAAAGUACUUUUGUUAAGAAUUAAAUUUUAAGAUUUGUUAGACAUACCUAUUAAUUAAAUAAAUCAUGUGAUUUUUUUUGUAUGACAAAUUUAAUUCUUUUACUGCAAAGUUAUUUAUUGUUCUCAUAAUUUCAGAAUGAAUUAUGUAAAAUAAAUUUAUAGAAAUCUAUCAGUGCAAAAUAAGUACAAAUGACCAAAUCAGUGCAACAGAUUAGGGAAUUUUAAAUGCAAUUUAUUUUGAGUAAAAUGAGUUUCUCAAACCUUGAUUUUAAAAAUCAUUUUCUUGAAAACCAGCCUGUUCUCAACUUUGGCUGUACCUCCAGGUCAAGAUGAUGAGUACUGCAAGUUUACAUUGAUUGGAGCAUGGGUAGAGGAGGAAACACUUUGUAGUUUUUUUUGAAUUAGGCACAUGAACACUAGGUGGUCUAAAAAGUUUUAGCGUACUGACUAAUUUAGUUAACACUGACACAGCACAAUAAUGAUGAUAGUAAAUGGUUCAGCAUAAUUCUUUUCAUAUAAUUUUCAGUGAAUUAAAAUCAGGUUGUUCACACGCUAAGGACAUAAUGCACUUAGCUAUGUGAAUAAAAUUGUUCCAAGUUACAUAAUCAGUUUUUGUUUGUUUUAAAGUUGAGAAGAAAAUAACCAUGUACAUUCUAUGGUGUACUUUUAUGGGCAGUUGAAAAUUUGUAAUUGUGCAAAUAUUUUUGAUAUCAAACUUAACCAUAACUUUGAAAAAAAAAUACAAUUUCAAGCACAAUUUUCACCCAGUUUUCUAGUUGUACCCAGUUUGAAAAUUGUAUGCCUAUGCCUAGUUAUCUAAAUAAGUACUGAAAUUAUAGUCAGGUCAGUUGAUUUAGAAUGAUGUGAUAUCCAGCAAAAUAUUCUGUGAAUAUUUACACUACUUGUGCAUGAUCUAUUUUGUUUUAAAUGUGAGUUUGCACCAAAAUUUCUAAAGAUAAUAAAACUACAGCUUUGAGAACACGUGAGUGCCAUUGUGUAUGCUUUGAAUUGAUCAACUGCUAGGUUACUUAAAAUAAAUUGCUAUAAGCUAAUAAAAGUUAAAUUCUCAA